UUAAGCUUUUAUCAUUAAUUUGUUCUACAUUUUUACAAAAUACUUGUUCUGUCUUGGGGAUCCAAAAGACUACAAAUCCCAGAAUGCAUUGCCAGAAACUAAUCUGGUCAUAUGACCAGGCAGCAGGAGCAGAUGGUUCCUGGUCACGUGAUGUUGUUAGCUGAAGCUGAGAAGCAUCAGCAGCAGCUGAAUCACAGCGUCCACCUCUGACUGCACUAAAAGCUCACCCUUCUCUAACCAUGUCAUAUGGGUCCAUUGACGGAGGCUCCUUUGGAAAUCACAACCCAUUCGGAGGUCCAAGGAGACAGGGCUACCAGCUUGUAGCCACUCAGGUCAGUCCUGCAGAGCUGCAGGAUGUGUUUCAGGAGACUUCCUCCAAUAUCUUCCAGAUAAACGCCAACGUUGUCACACUAGAGAAAAAUCUUCAAGCCCUGGGAACUUCUAGAGACACAGCAGAGCUACGACAGAGUCUCCACUCCACACAGCAGCAGACCAACAAAGUCAUCACCCAGACCAGCCAGCUCAUCAAACAGCUCUCUGAUAUCAUCAGUGGCUCUUCACGGCAAGACCGUCUGCGCCUAACUCGACUAAAGACUGAACUCUCAGAGUCUGUGCAGUGCUAUGGGGAUCUGCAGAAGAAAAUUGCAGAACGCUCCAGGGCUCUACUCCCUCCAGCUCAGAAAGACAAGAAGAAGAUCGCACAGACUCCAACCGGUGAGCAGCCAGUAGAGGGUCCACUGUUCGGAGAUGCAGCAGAUCCAGACAGAGGAGCUCAGGCCUUCCUGUCAGAGAUUAGCGAGGAGGACGUGGAGGUGCUUCACCAAAGAGAGGCUGCUGUGCUGCAGAUCGAGAGAGACAUGCUGGAUGUCAGUCAAAUCAUGAAGGAUCUGGCUAGUAUGGUUCACGAACAAGGAGAUACCAUAGACAGCAUUGAGGAUUACAUCCAGACUGCAUCAUCCAAUGUGGAAUCAGCCAAUCAGGAGCUGGCAAAGGCUGAUCAUUAUCAGAGAAAGCUAAGGAAGAGAAAGUGCUACCUGCUGGUGGUGGGAUCAGUCAUCCUCAUGAUCCUGAUCAUCAUCAUCGCUGUUACAUCAAGAAAAUAGGACGUGUUUGUUGGUUGCUGCUGUCAUUACAGUGUCACCUUAGCGCUCCAGACCAAGUGUGAUCCUUGACCUGCGCAGCUGGUUUCCAGUAAGAGGAAGCUGCUCUGCAACAUCUUCACUCCGUCAUCCCUGACUCCACUUCCAACUAAGAACUUUCUCUAUUGAUUUUUCAGAGGGGUAGUCCCAGUCUGAGCCGCUCCUGUCUUGAUUUUUCUCAUUUUUUAUUUGGUUUUGUAAAUUCUUCGUUCCCUCUCUGACGUGGUUUUUAUCAUCAGUGUUGAAUUACACGUGCAUAUAACACGAGGGGAAACAGACUCAGGUGCUUGUCAGUCUUGGAGGUGAUUGUAUAUCACACACACUCACACACUGGCACCAACUGUGUUCUAUUAGAAAAUCAGAUAAAGAUGGAGAAGAGGCUUCAGGGGGAAAAAAAGCACAGCAGCUGGAGCUUCACUUUUUCAACAGCCACUCUGUACGCUCCAUUUGUUUUAUGUUUUAUUUUAUACUGAGGUUCACUUCAUAUUUAUAAGUGUGUAGUGUGAUUUUAUUAGCAACGUAUACAGUAUCGCACCAUUUCCUGUUACUUGUAAAUAUA